ACCAGCUGGGUUGUGAACCACUUCCCUCAUCUCCCUCUUUCGCCAUACCCCUCGAUACCCCCUCUCUCUCUCUCUCUCUCUCUCUCUGGUCUUCUCUGUAGAUGAACAGCCAUAGCCCAUUAAGAAAAGAAACUCAAAUUUCAUAGCCAAAAAAAUAAAACUGAUUGAGUAAUGAUGUAGAGAGAGAGAGAGAGAGAGAUAACUUCUCUUGUGGGUUGGGUUUGAAAGAUAGCUUUACCUGUUGGGUUUUGUUUUGUGUUUGUGUUUGUGUUUGUGUUUCUUUGUUUAUUUCUUUUGGAUGGGUGCAGAAGGAGGAGGAGAAGCAGCCGUAGAAGUGUUGAAAAAGGAGAAAAAUGGGAGAGACAAGAGAGAGCAGUGGCGGUAUAGUUGUAUGCAGCAGUACUAUACAAGUUUGUCUAGCUGCAUACAUAAAAAUUCUCCUUACAAGUGAAAAAAAUCUCGUACCUUAACAAAGUAAAGAAAACAAAACACUCACUCACUAAAAUUCACAAGCUAGAUCUCUAAACAAAGAUCUUGUCUUUGUUCUAGAGUUCUGUUCUUUCUUUCUUUAGAAUCAUGAGCAGACUUGGCAGCUCUGAUUCUCUUGGUGCUUUAAUGUCCAUCUGCCCAUCCACAGACGAGCACAGUCCGAGAAACAGCAACCAUGUUUAUGGGAGAGAAUUUCAGUCCAUGUCCAUGCUUGAUAGCUUAGAUGAUGAAGCUUGUGUCGAAGAAUCAGGCCAUGUUGCUGAGAAGAAACGGCGGUUAAGUGUAGAUCAAGUUAAGGCCUUGGAGAAGAACUUUGAGGUUGAGAACAAGCUUGAACCAGAGAGAAAAGUGAAGCUAGCUCAAGAACUUGGCUUGCAACCAAGACAAGUGGCUGUUUGGUUUCAAAACCGCCGUGCACGGUGGAAAACUAAGCAAUUGGAGAGAGACUACGGUGUUCUUAAAGCCAAUUAUGAAGCUUUUAAGCUCAAUUUCGAGUCUCUCCAACAUGACAAUGAAGUUCUACUCAAAGAGGUAAGAGAGCUUAAGGCGAAGCUCAACGGAGAAAAGACAGAGAGCAACGUUUCUGUUAAAGAAGAGAUAAUCUUAGCAGAAUCCGAUGAUAAAGCGAGUGAAGAAGAGCCACUACUUUUGGGAUCAGAGGUGAAAGACCUGAAUUAUGAGAGCUUCAACAGCGACAACAAAGGAGUACUAGAGGCUUCUCUUUUCACAGAAUUCAAAGAUGGGUCAUCAGAUAGCGACUCAAGCGCCAUCUUGAACGAAGACAACAGUCCAAAUCCAGCCAUUUCUUCUUCAACUGGGAUUCUCCAAAACCACCUGCUAAUGAUGUCUCCUCCACCACCAUCAUCAUCAUCAUCAUCAUUCCAGUUCACAAAAACGACAACGUAUCAAACCCAGUUCGUGAAGAUGGAAGAACACAAUUUCUUUAGCAGUGAAGAGGCGUGCAAUUUCUUCUCUGAUGAGCAAGCUCCAACUCUUCAAUGGUACUGUCCUGAUCAAUGGAAUUAAAGAAACAAAAGAAAAAACAAAAUAGAAGUGGAGAAUCUAUGUAAUCUAAAAGCUCUUUACGAUCUGAUCUCCAUUGUUGAAAAAGUGAGAACUGGAGAAAUGGGUCCACGAGCAUACCAAGGAAGAAUAUGAGAAGAAAAAAAGGAAGAAGCACAGCGAGAGGGGAGCACGUGGGCGUGUCGUAACGACAAUAAUUAUCUGUGUAAGCCGUGCGGGAAUGAUUAGGUCGUAAUUGGAGGCUCUCUGCUGUAAAAAAGUUAAAAAAAGAAAAAAAAAAUCUACAGAGCUUUGAAUCCAUGGGGAAGAAUUCCUGUAAUGGAGAAAUAAUGAUCACGCCUGAUGCUUUCUUUUUUUUUUUU